AUGGAAGCAAUGCUUGUACCGAAUGGUAGCUCUAAUGCUACCAUUCUAUUAAUGGGUCUCAGAAGAGGAGGUAAAUCAUCUAUCUGUAAGGUUGUGUUUCAUAAUAUGCAACCUCUUGAUACUUUAUACCUUGAAAGUACCUCCAAACCUACCACUGAACAAUUUCAAUCCCUUAUCGAUCUUAGUGUCAUGGAAUUACCUGGUCAAUUGAAUUACUUUGAGCCAAAUUAUGAUUCUGAGAGAUUAUUUCAAAACAUCGGAGCAUUGGUUUAUGUCAUAGAUUCCCAAGAUGAAUACCUUAAUGCUAUUACUAACCUCAGUAUGAUCAUAGAAUAUGCCGUCAAAGUCAACCCUAAAAUCAACAUUGAAGUUUUAAUCCACAAAAUCGAUGGUUUAAGUGAAGAUUAUAGAUUGGAUUGUCAACGUGAUAUCAUGCAAAGAACUGGUGAUGAACUUUUGGAUCUUGGUUUGGAAGGAAUCCAAGUAUCUUUUUACCUUACCUCAAUCUUUGAUCACUCAAUCUAUGAAGCUUUCUCCAGAAUUGUUCAGAAACUUAUUGUAGAAUUACCUUAUUUGGAAUCCAUGUUAGAUAAUCUUAUUGAAAACUCAUCCAUUGAUAAAAUCUUCCUUUUCGAUAUUAAUUCCAAGAUCUACGUAGCUACAGAUUCCUCACCAGUGGAUAUUCAGACAUAUGAAGUUUGUUCGGAGUUCAUUGAUAUCACCAUUGAUCUAGAUAACUUGUAUGUUAAUGAGGAAACGAGUUCCAAAGAGAUCAAGUCAAUAAGUUACUUGAAUAAUGGGUCGAUACUUUAUUUGAAACAAAUGAUAAGAGGGUUAGCAUUGGUUGGGAUUAUAAAUAAUGAGAAUAAGCUGGAGUUCAGUAAUAAUGUGACGUUGAUAGAUUAUAAUGUGAAUUUGUUUAAGAAUGGGUUGAAGAAGAUGUGGGAGAGUAGCAGGAUCAGUGAUUAG